CUCGUCUUAUCUUUAGGUGACCCUCCAACUUCCGCCAUGCCGGCACCAAGAAACAACGGCGUGGUCAGCCCAUCCCCACCCAGUGUCUAGACUCCAUUAGCCUACAACGUCGGCUCAUACUCUGCUGGAAAAGAAGGCAUGUUCCUAAAAUAAUUCGCCUUUCACUAAUGAGUACUUCCAUCCCCGACCACAGCCCAGGCCACGGAGUGGUGCCCCGGAUCGGCAAUCUCGUCCGGAUGCUCAGCGAUCGCGACCUGUCACUUGUUGCCUCUGAUGGGUUGGGAAUGUGACGGUUGCCGGGAUAGUGGCAGGGACAUCACCAAUUCUCUUUUUACUCGGUCGCUGGGUCUGAUGGUCCACAAAGGGAGUUUAAAAACCGACAUGCAGCAGGUUCCCGUUAAAAUUAGGACCUGGUUUGUCCAACGUGAAGAAAAACACUAUCCUUGUGCUAGUCGAAUCUUUGGGCUUCUCCUGUUUCAUGUCAUCCCGCCGAGCUCUCUGGUCGUGUUUCAGGCUCCACCAUCGCGGUGUUGACUCUUUGUCGCCGAUCCACCCGACAUGCCUGGCCAAAGAAUGAAGGCUGUGGACUCAUCAAGAUGCAUUCUGUCUGUAACCUUCUUUCUGCUCUGAUUCGUCAUGUACCUGCCGACCCCUCCCAGGCACGAACCGUCGUCCUCCCAAUGGGCGCCAACGAGCCGCCCAGUGAAUGGCCCAGGCGACAAGAACACUCAAGCUGAUUUGCUAUGGAUCUUGAGAAUAAUGCUAGUGGCCUGCAGCCACCUGGGCAGAAGCCACGCUAAUUUUGAUGUCGGGGUGUUGCUGUUAUUAUUUGUAUAUCGCCCGGCCUACCCCCCCCCGGUCUGCGUCAUGCUCCCACAUUGUUGUGUACAUUCUCUACAUAUUUCUCCUUGCGCCCAUCUUUUUCCUACUUACGUUCUCUAUUUUCUUAUUUUUGACUCGCAGAUUGAUUUCUGCACUUCUGUGCUACUUUCUUUUUUGCACAUUAUACGCCUAGAGGGCUACUUUCCAUUCCUUUUCGUUCUAAACGUCGAUCGUUUUCAAAUAAACCUCCGUCCCUAAAUCCUCUGGUUAUCCUAAUCCUUUCAAGUCCUCGGGGCUUACCUUCUCUAACCACACAAUUGCUUGACCGAACAUAGUGACCAUGCCUACCUCAACCCUACUAUGGAGCGUAGGGUCGCUCGCUCUUUCAUCGAUGGUCCUGCCCGCCGCGGCCAGCAGUUAUGAACUUGUGGAAACCUGGAAGGGCGAGGACUUCCUUACGGCUUUUGACUUUUACACAGGCGCUGACCCCACGAAUGGAUUCGUCACGUACGCUAAUCAGAGCUAUGCCGAAAGCACCGGGCUGGUCAAGGUCAACUCUAACGGUACCUUCUACAUGGGUGUCGACCAUACAACGAAGCUGAGUACCAACGGUCCUGGCCGGGAGUCGGUCCGCAUUGGGAGCAACAAGUAUUAUGACGAGGGACUGUUUAUUAUCGAUCUUCAGCACAUGCCCGGAAGCGUCUGCGGUACCUGGCCCGCCUUUUGGUCCACAGGCAAAAACUGGCCGACGGAUGGUGAAAUAGAUAUCAUCGAGGGCGUCAAUAAGAACGAAGCGAACGAGAUUGUCCUGCAUACGAGCGGCACCUGUCAAGUUUCCAGCCAGAAGAUGAGCGGCACGCUUACCUCUACGGAAUGUGGUGAAGAUGCGGGUACCACUGGAUGUGUUGUUGAGGGCACCCAAGGUUCUUCUGGCACUCCGUUCAACGAGAACGGUGGUGGUGUCUACGCCAUGCAGUGGACCGAUGAAUUCCUCAAG